AUGGACAAGCUGCCGCCGUCCAUGCGCAAGCGGCUCUACAGCCUCCCGCAGCAGGUGGGGGCCAAGGCGUGGAUCAUGGACGAGGAGGAGGACGCCGAGGAGGACGGCGCCGGGGGCCGCGGGGACCCCAGCCGCAGGAGCAUCCGGCUGCGGCCGCUGCCCUCGCCCUCGCCCUCGCCCUCGCCCUCGCCCUCGCCCUCGCCCUCGGCGGCGGACGGCGCGGGCAAGGCCAGCAGCAACGGCGACUGCAGGCGCUUCCGCGGGAGCCUGGCCUCGCUGGGCAGCCGGGGCGGCGGCGCGGGGGGCGCGGGGGCCGCGGGGGCCGCGGGGGGCGCGGGGGGCGCGGGGGGCGGCGGCCACGGGCACCCGCGCGGCUCCGCCGAGGAGCGGCGGCUCAUCUCCGAGGGCGACGCGUCCCCCGGCGAGGACAGGACGCCCCCGGGCCUGGCGGCCGAGCCCGAGCGCCCCGGCGCCCCCGCCCAGCCCGCGGCCCCGCCGCCGCCCCAGCCGCCGCCGCCGCCCGCUUCCUGCGAGCCGCGCUCGGCGGACUCGGCCAUCAAAGUGGAGGGAGGCGCGGCCGGCGACCAGAUCCUCCCGGAGGCCGAGGCGCGCCUGGGCCAGGCCGGCUUCAUGCAGCGCCAGUUCGGGGCGAUGCUCCAGCCCGGAGUCAACAAAUUCUCCCUGAGGAUGUUCGGCAGCCAGAAGGCGGUGGAGCGCGAGCAGGAGAGGGUGAAGUCGGCCGGCUUUUGGAUCAUCCACCCCUACAGCGACUUCAGAUUUUACUGGGACCUGACCAUGCUGCUGCUGAUGGUUGGAAACCUAAUCAUCAUUCCCGUGGGCAUCACCUUCUUCAAGGAUGAGAACACCACACCCUGGAUUGUCUUCAAUGUGGUGUCGGACACAUUCUUCCUCAUCGACUUGGUCCUCAACUUCCGCACAGGGAUUGUGGUGGAGGACAACACAGAGAUCAUCCUGGACCCGCAGCGGAUUAAGAUGAAGUACCUCAAGAGCUGGUUCGUGGUGGAUUUCAUCUCCUCUAUCCCUGUGGACUACAUUUUCCUCAUCGUGGAAACACGCAUUGACUCAGAAGUCUAUAAGACUGCCCGGGCCUUGCGCAUCGUCCGCUUCACCAAGAUCCUCAGCCUCCUGCGCCUCUUGCGUCUCUCUCGCCUCAUUCGAUAUAUUCACCAGUGGGAAGAGAUCUUCCACAUGACCUACGACCUGGCCAGCGCUGUGGUGCGCAUCGUGAACCUCAUCGGCAUGAUGCUCCUGCUCUGCCACUGGGACGGCUGCCUGCAGUUCCUGGUGCCCAUGCUGCAGGACUUCCCCGACGACUGCUGGGUGUCCAUCAACAACAUGGUGAACAACUCCUGGGGAAAGCAGUAUUCCUAUGCCCUCUUCAAGGCCAUGAGCCACAUGCUGUGCAUCGGGUAUGGACGGCAGGCCCCCGUGGGCAUGUCAGACGUCUGGCUCACCAUGCUCAGCAUGAUUGUGGGUGCCACCUGCUACGCCAUGUUCAUCGGCCACGCCACCGCCCUCAUCCAGUCCCUGGACUCGUCUCGGCGCCAGUACCAGGAGAAGUACAAGCAGGUGGAGCAGUACAUGUCCUUCCACAAGCUUCCGCCCGACACCCGGCAGCGCAUCCACGACUACUACGAGCACCGCUACCAGGGCAAGAUGUUCGACGAGGAGAGCAUCCUGGGCGAGCUGAGUGAGCCACUGAGGGAGGAGAUCAUCAACUUCAACUGCCGGAAGCUGGUGGCCUCCAUGCCGCUCUUCGCCAACGCGGACCCGAACUUCGUGACGUCCAUGCUGACCAAGCUGCGCUUCGAGGUCUUCCAGCCGGGGGAUUACAUCAUCCGAGAGGGCACCAUCGGCAAGAAGAUGUACUUCAUCCAGCACGGCGUGGUCAGCGUGCUCACCAAGGGCAACAAGGAGACCAAGCUGGCCGACGGCUCCUACUUCGGAGAGAUCUGCCUGCUGACCCGGGGUCGGCGCACGGCCAGCGUCCGGGCCGACACCUACUGCCGCCUGUACUCGCUGAGCGUGGACAACUUCAACGAGGUGCUGGAGGAGUACCCCAUGAUGCGGCGGGCCUUCGAGACGGUGGCGCUGGACCGCCUGGACCGCAUCGGCAAGAAGAACUCCAUCCUCCUGCACAAGGUGCAGCACGACCUCAACUCGGGCGUCUUCAACUACCAGGAGAACGAGAUCAUCCAGCAGAUCGUGCAGCACGACCGCGAGAUGGCCCACUGCGCGCACCGCGUGCAGGCCGCCGCCGCCGCCGCCGCCGCCGCGCCCCCCGCGCCCGUCAUCUGGACCCCGCUCAUCCAGGCGCCGCUGCAGGCGGCCGCGGCCACCACGUCGGUGGCCCUGGCGCUCACGCACCACCCGCGCCUGCCCGCCGCCGUGUUCCGCCCGCCCGCCGGCCCGCGCCACCCCAGGCGCCUGCAGUCCCUGCUCCCGUCCGCGCCCGGCGCCGCCGCCUCCGCCUCGCCCGCCAGCAGCCCGUCGCAGCUGGACACGCCGUCGUCGUCGUCCCUGCACCUCCCGCAGCUGGCCGGGCCCCCGCCGCCGCCCUCGCCCGGCUCCCCGGCGCGCACGCCCCCCGCCGCCCCGCCGCCGCCCGCCGCGCGCUCCCCCGCGGCCAGCCCGGGCCAGCCCCCCGGGGACCCCGCGCCCGGCGCCCCGGAGCCGCCCCCGCGGCCCCCCGAGCGGCCCGGGCCCCCGAGAACGCUCCCGAGCGCGCCGCCCCCGCGGGCGUCCGGCUCGCACGGCUCCCUGCUGCCGCCGCCCGCGCGCAGCCCCCCGGCCCCGCAGCCCCCGCAGCGCCGCGGCACCCCGCCCCUGACCCCGGGCCGCCUCACCCGGGACCUCAGGCUCUUCUCGGCCUCGCAGCCCGCCCUGCCGCACGCCGGGGCGCAGACUCUCCGCGGGGCGUCGCCGCACUCGUCGGGGGAGUCGGUGGCCGCCGUCCCGCCCGCGCCCCGGGCGGGGGGCGGCGGCGGCCUCGGCCCCGCGGGGAGGCCCUGCGGGGGCGCCGGCCAGCGCGUCACCCUGCCUCGGAAGACACCCUCAGGUUCCGCGCCGCCCCCCCUCUCCUCGCUGGGCGCAAGAGCCGCCCCCCCCGGGGGCCCCGCUCUGACUGCUGCGCCCCAGAGAGAACCCGGGGCCAGGCCUGAGCCCGCGCGCUGCUCCAAACUGCCGUCCAAUCUAUGA